AUGGAAUAUGACUGGCAGCAUAUGAAGCGGGUGGACGGUCGGGAUGUGAUCAUAUCGCCCAAAUCAGCAGCUGGUUGCGACAGAGCAAAUUUGACAACAUACGGAUAUACGGGACCGAACCUUACCGAACAGGAUGGAGUGGCAACCAAUGGAGAUCAACCCGGAGAUGCUGAACAAGGAUACAGGGUGUGGUCUGAUGGAAGGAUGGAGAGAGCGACUAAAGAUCAACUUGUCUCUGGCUCUGAUUUGAAGUUCAUCGCUAUUAAUUUGGGACAGACUGCCGUGCGGUGCUCAGUGGGCUGGGGGUGUGUUGGUAGCUGGGGCUUCGUGGAUGUGUUGGGGCUGGAGGAUGAGGGUUCUGUGUCUUCAGUACCUUCUCCCAGCUGUGCCCUCAUGCUGCUCUUCCCUCUGACACAACAGCACGAGUCGUUCCGGCAGCAGCAGGCUGGGAAGGUAUCGGGAGGUACUGACCUCUACUUCCUGAAACAGACGGUGGUCAACUCCUGUGGCACCGUGGCUCUGCUGCACGCAGUCGCCAACAACCCCACCCACAUAGAGUAUGAUGGUGACUCUGCUCUGAAGAAGUUUCUAGAUGAGACGGCUAACAUGACCCCCGCCCAGCGAGCCACACACCUGGAGAACAACCAGGCCAUCAGAGAGGCUCAUGAUGGAGUGGCAGCACAGGGCCAGUGCAGGGUGGAGGCAGAUAAUGUGAACUUCCAUUUUAUCACCUUUGUCAAUGUGAAAGGACAGCUUUAUGAGCUGGGUGAGUGUAUGGCUGAGUCCCGGUGUCCCGCCCCGUCUCCCCGGUGUCCCACCCUGUGUCCCGCCCCGGUGUGUAUUUACACACUUUCUGUCUCUCUCUGUGAUUCUGUUGUGUAG